AUGGCAACUGACAAGAAUAGAAACUCCGGAGAGGAGAUCCAGAAGGGCAAGAACAACGAUAAGGAAGUAAAGCAGACCACACCAGCUACUCAGGGCGAAGAUACGGAGAUGAAGGAUGUCAAUGAGCCUGUCCAAGAGAGCGAUUCCAGCGAUUCUGAUAUCGAUCUCGCUGGCCCUACAAAGAAGGACGAGAGCAAAGAGGUUUCUCGGCGUGUCAAGCAAGAACACCGAGUUGAACAAUCUGCUUGGGCCUACCCAAGAUCGCUGAUAAGGGAUUCAGAGGACGAUGAUAGCGAAUCCGAUAUCGAUCUUGUUGGCCCUACUAAGAAUAAGUCCUAUAAGAAAGCGAAGAAGAAUGAUGGAGCAGACGACACGGCCAUUGUUCGAAAAAAGGCUACGAAGGGUGACACAACACACAAUAAGGCUGAUAAAAAUCCAAAGAAACCGAAGAGAGCCAUUACCGGUCGCGACUUGUCCAGAGUCGAAAUCCUGAAGCUGGCGCUGAAGCCUGCAGCAGAACGCAUUGCUGAGUGCAGUAACGUCUAUGGCUGCCACGGCCUCAUUCUGUAUUCUCUUCGUAAAGGGGGCCGCAGACAAAAAGAGAACCCUUUCCUGGAUCCCACUCAGGACGAGCUCGACGAAGCAAAGAUCACUCGGGACAAGUUCCCACGCUAUGCUACUAAGGGACGCGAUACGAAGAAGGGAAGAUCUGGUGGUGAGGAGAGAGCUGUUCUUGAGCAAGACGCGAAGGGCGCAGCCUCCAACGUCACAGUGGUAUGGGAUUACGCUCGCAGUUCAUCGGCUGCAAUCAGCAGUUUGAUUUUAAACAAGGAGAUCACAGAUUUCCACCAAGAUACACCCGAUGUUAUCAGGAAGUCGGUUAUGGAGUUGAACCUGCAGGGUUUGACACUGGGUAGCCUAGCGUAUCAGGUUCAACGUCAUAUGCUUACUAAUGGCGGCUGGUCAUCGACCGAUAUCGGUCGAUUUGUCUUGCAGAAGAUGGAGCUUGCGUACAGCAUCGAGGCUAGCACUCUGUACAAAAACCUUCACUCAUCCUCAGAUGCUGCGAUUUACGACGGAGCACUCGAUUCAGAGACAAUCAGAAUUCUGUCGGGGGAGCGAGAUGUUUCCGGCCGCAAGGUCGAAGACUUCGAACUUCGAUGCUGGGCAGGAAGAUGGCAUCAAGCUUUCGGAGUGAGACCUGCGGAUGCGAAUGUGGACUUCUUUAAAGACGCCAAAGCUUCAUCAAAAUGCGACCUGAUUUCAAACUCUGUGCCUUCAAACAAUGCCUCUAAGCUUUCUCUUGAGGCGGACUUUCUCUUGAGGCAGAGUGGUUUAACUCAGGAGGCUCGCAUCCCGGCUGAUGUUCGGAUUAGCUCGUUUGAUUGCUUGAAGUAUUCAAGAAGUGAUGUUUACAUGGUCGAUACUGGGUGGCACAACUUGGAAGUCUUCUCGGCUAAAUUUGUCAAUGGAGAUGGUCAAAGACGGUCAAGGAUUUUGCUUUGCGCUGGUAGUAGAGAAGCUGAUGUUUACGAAGUACAACAGGCAGCAUCAGUAACUUCCAGCUCAGAAUCAGCUGCCCUCCACGAGGCACGCACAGAUUCGCUAAAGUUGAUCCCGGAUGACGGAAACGACAUCUUGUAUCGAACGUCCAAGACCAUCAAGCCUGGCUUUACACCCGCUACGUUUCAGGAGACCGAGUCUGAAGACCAGCAGACCGGCGACAUACAAGCUGCUGCUGAUACGUCCGCUCAAGAGCAACAAAUCAUGCCGACCGACAUCAAGGCGGGAGAUGCUGAGGUCGCCGCGCAGAAGCCCAAGAAGGAACUACAUCCCCGGGAGGGAAGGGCUCUGCUCCAGAGUUCUUACAUGCUAACAACCUAUGCGUCUGCAGCAGAGACCAGAGAGAAAACCACAAAGGCCACGAAGACUCCCAAGCCAGCAGCCGAGAAGAUCCCAGGUCUCCAGAUAUCGCAGAGUCGACACUAA